AUGAGACCAAACGCUACAGGAGAAUGGACAGAGAUUGAGUGUGACUGGUUCGACCAAAUAAAAUCUAUGCAGAAUAACAUGUUCUGGAAGAAGCUCGAAGGCUCCCCAAUUGUUUAUCUUUAUGGCAUCAUUUGCACAUUUGGAGCUCUGGCAAACUUAGUGGUCUUAUUUGCCUUCGUUCGGACGUCGAAUUUGAGGAAUCUCAGGAACAGCUUCAUUGUGAAUCUGGCGUGUUCCGAUCUGCUGUUAUGCGUAGUCACGGCUCCGGUGACCUUGUACACAAGUGCUAAUUUGUUCUGGCCAUUCGGAAAUAUCGCAUGCAAAGUGUUGGCAUCCGUGCAAGCCGUAAACACAUUUGUUUCGUCUCUGACGCUAGCUCUCAUUGCUAUGGAUCGAGUCUUGCUAACAACCUGUCCAGUGAGAUGGCGCUUAGCAGCAACGGCUCCAAUCAUCUGUUACUGCGUAGUUUGGAUAAUAUCCAUUGUCGUAGCGCUUCCCUAUUCGCUCACUGUCAGAUCCAGCAAGAUUGACACUUUCGAACCCUGGAACGACGUGCACAUUCCUGCUAUGCUAAGCAUAUGCGACCGAUCCCAUCCUGAGGUCUGCGUGGAGAUGCAAGACACUUGGGAUCGCGCUUAUAUCUCCAAGACGACAUUCACGGUGAUUGUGCUAGCCAUUCAGUAUCUUCUUCCAUUGUUUGCCCUCGCAUACGCUUACGUUCAAAUUGGCUCUACGAUUCGACGUCGUUCCAAAAUCAGCCGUACCAUUGAUCAGGCCCGGCGCAUCAGCAUGCAAAGCCGAAACAGGCGUGCUCUUCUGCUUCUUAUGAUUCUCGUGUUGACGUACGCAAUAUGUUGGGCACCAAUGAAUAUCCACAACGUACUGAACGGUUUUGAUGUGAUCUCAUAUUCACAGUACAGAUACCUCUUCUGCCACCUUGUCGGCAUAUCAUCGGCAUGCGUCAACCCCAUCACGUACGCACUGGUGAACGAGUCCUUUCGCAAUGCACUGCAUCAUAUGUUUCUUUCAUUCCGACCAUGCUACGUCACAUCAGGCGACUCCGCCACUUCCUAUAUCAGUAAUAGUAAGCCGACAAAGGUUACGAUCCGCGAUCCAUAUUCUACAAAGUGCGAUUCGCCUACAAAGGCUGAGGAGUUGGAGGUGUUGGGAAAUUCGAUGCUGUAA